AUGGACGCGCACCUCACUCUCACCGCCGAUCGCGACGACGGCAGGUACGCCCUCGACCUCUCCUCCCACCAGUAUCCCACCUCCUGCUCCCGCGACGAAGCCUACGUCCGCCCCGACCCUUCCCGACCUCCCCCCGCCGCCUACGCCUUCUCCCAAUCAUCCGAGCCCUCCACCCUCUCGCGCAGCCACCUCCAAUACCCCAUCCGAGACAUGACCGAACUCACCCCUGGCGUCCUCAAGACCGGUCAGUGGACCGUGAACCACCCCCUUGUCACCGCCUACCUCGACGCUCUCGCCUAUCGCUUCUCCCACCUCCCCUCAACACCCACCGCCUUGUCGCCCGCCCCUUCCCCCACACCCGCCUCCGCAUCCCUCUUUGUGCCACUCAAAUCCCCCUCGCGACUACCAUCCUCUACUUCCCACCUUUCGCCGGCAGGCCCGGUGGAGAUCACCCGCAGGGGCGCGCAGAAUGGCGGCAUCGCCAACGUCAGGACGCUCUGCAUCACCCUUUACGAGCAUUUCAUGCGCUUUCCUACCUGGACUGCCCUCGUUCUCAUUCGAGAGCUGGGCACCCUGACGGAGAGGGAGAUGGACGUCAUCUUUACUCUCGCCGCACUCCGCGUGCUCAACCAUCCCACACACCCUGCCCACUUUGCGCUCUGGGCCAAGAAUGUCAUGAAGCAGACGGCACAGGUUGUGGAAGCAACGCACACCCUCAAGCCGUGCCCUUUCGCUUCGAGCGUUAGCUGGAUCGGCAUCCAGGACAACUUGUGGUCCCUGAACGGUCUUCACGCCGUCUACGUUCCUCCCCCGCCCCAGACCGAGAAGAAGGGUGGCAUGACGCUCAGGAAACGCAAAGCGGCCGAGGCCAAAGCUCAAGUCGAGGACGACGCUGAAGAGGCCUCCCCGCCCCUCAAACGUGCCCGCACGACCCGUGCGUCGCAGAAGGCCAAGGAUGCGGCUGCAGCGCAAGCCGCCGAGGUUCUCCCAGAGGCAACGGAGGAAGAAGAGGCCUCCGAGUCCCUUCUCUUGUCCUUCGCUCCGCAGGCUCUCCCGGCUCCCGCGCUUGAGCUGCUCACGCGGGUCAAACGGGACCUCGAUCAGGGAACGCGCGGGACCCCAAUGUUGCAGGCGAUUGAGCUCGCUUUCGCGCUCGACGAGACAGCUGACCGUGGUGCCGCACCCGCGGCUGCGCCUUCGGUCUCUGCAGCCGCGGCAUCCCCGCCCACCCGCCGCUCGACACGCGCGCGGCGCAAGCCCGUAGCGCCGGACGCGGACGCGCUCCUCUCCGCCCCAGUCUCCACGCUGUCCUCCCCGACUUCGCCCAUGCUCUCACCCCUCCCUGCGGCCGAUGAGAAGACGGCGGGCGGAGCCCACUCGGUCCGUGCCGGCUCGCGCGGGAGCAGCACCGCGGUCAGCGACGAAGGCUACCCGAGCGAAGAAGGCACCGUCGUGGACGAGACCGCGACGCCCGCCGGCAUGAGCGCGAGCGCGAAGGGCAAGCGCAAGAUGAGCGAGAUGGAUGAGGAUAGCCAGCUCGAGGAGCCCACGCCUGGUGCGAAGAAGCCCAAAGGCGCGGCGCGCAAGUCCCGUGCGAAGGUGCUGGCCGGAUCCCCGGACGGCGCGGUUCCGGCUCUGCCGCACACAGACGACACGACCGCGCCCGUCUCUGCUGCCGUCGCCGAGGAGGUCGAGCCCGCAGGCAAGAAGAGGAAGACGGCCGCGACAGGGUCCAAGAAGCGUGCCACGCGUAAGGCGUGA